GCAGUCGCCCUCUCCGACGGUGACCUCUGCGGGGUCUGCGACGCGGACCUGCUGGAGACCUCCUUCAGCCACUCGCACGAAAACGAGGAGAACGCGCACCACUGGUCCGCUCUUGAGGAGCGCGCGGAGGAGGGGCUGCGCGAGCCCUCGCCCUUCUCCGACGACGAGCUCGCCCCGGAGGCCUCGGCGGCGGGCGGCUCCACGGACUACGGCUUCGUGGGCGCCGUCACCUUUCUGGUGACGGGCGUGGCGCUCGUGGCCGUCUCGUACGCGGUGCCGCGCGACGCGCGCGUGGCGCCGGACGCCGGCGACGGCUUGUCCGCGCGCGAGAUGGAGCACCUGGAGCGCGAGAGGGCGCGGAUCGGCGCGCACCUGGACAGGUGCGUGAUCGCGGGGCUCUGCCUGCUCACGCUGGGCGGCGUGGUGCUGUCCACGCUGCUCAUGGUCUCCAUGUGGAAGGGCGAGAUGUACCGGCGCAGAGCCUUCGCCUACUCCAAACACUCGGCCAAACUGUACGGAUCCAUCGGCUUCAGGGUGGGGUCGAGUCCCCCUGCGGCCUCCCCGCACCCGUCCGAGGACGAGGAGGAUGGAGACGUCUUGAACUGACCCAGCGGCCAUGCGGGUCCACGAUGUCCACGGUGCGAGAGGGGGGGAGGGGGCCGAAUGUCCCCCAACCUCGCCACCCUACCCCACCCAAAAUUUGUGCAAAACUCCACUGAGUGCCAGUGCCAAUAUUUUCGCAAUAUUUUUGUACGCCUCCUGCCUGGAGGAAGCAACAUUUGUGCAGAACAGCUUUCGAGAAAGCGCCCCCACCCUUAUCCACUGACCCUGUUCGCUCGUGUCCUUAUGGCGACUUAGAACUAAACUGGACUUUGAACUGCGGCGUUUUGUAAGUUCUCAGCCUUCUUGAAGUUCUUAUCAAAGUGUGAAAUUGUACAGCUUUCCACUAGCCACACUUUUUCCUCGUCGUGACCGUGUUACUGGUUUUGCAUGAAGGCUAAAUAAAUGUGAGCAACCGUUUCCCAA